UGCGCGGCCAGUCCUGUUCAACACCCCCCCACCCCCACAGCCAAAGCGAGUGUGCUACUUUGCCAUUCAUUUGAAAGAGACACAAUCGGUCGCUGCCGUCCAAACUCCGUUCGAGUUCUACGCUCCAGCUCUCCGGAUACCUUGAGGAGCGGAGCCGGUGUCGUCCUAUCCCCGCGCGGCCGGUUGGUGUGGAAGGACAGAUCUGUUGUUCUAUGUAUUUUCGCCACCAAGAUAUGUCGAGAUAUGUUGAGAAUGAGAUAUGUUGCGGACACCGGCAAAAAUCGUGUCCGUCCUGCGACGCUUCAUUGAUCUAAUGUCGGAUGCGGUUGACUUUAUAAGCUUGUAAUUAGCAGUGUUUUAUGGACAAUUUGUAACCUGUGAAAUUUGCUGUUUUACACAAUCCUUCCGAUCUAAAAGACUGGUGUGAAAGGUCUGGUGUGAACUAGGUACAGUUGUCCCUUAUCGCACCAAAUGAAACCAAGUGUUCGCAGGUUGUUUUCUAUGGACAUAACAAAAUCGACAGUUAUUUCAAGUGCUCCAUGUGCCUAUGGUAGCCUAUUUCACGUGUCGGGGGACGUGCAGCCUAAUAUUACUGUAGCCUAAGGUGUUUUGGUCUUUUCCAUAUUUUUCUAUUUAUUUAUUUAGGAGUAUUUAUUUAUAUUGACUCAGAGGGCCUGCACAAGAGUUCAUAUGUGCUUGGACUACUAGUUUAUGCACAAAUGACCAAUAAAGUACUUUGAACUUUGUAUUUCCAUGCUCGAUAGACAAUGUACAUAGCCUACCACCACGGCUUGUGUUGCGCAUUCCAACAUUUAAUUUAAUUCCUCAGCACGCAUGCCGCUCCGUCCCUUCCUUUGAGGUUGGGCUGGCCACAGGAGGCACUAAUCCGCUGGGGACUUUCCAGCUACUCGUGCACCCUGAGUUAUAAAUGUUUAGGGAUGCCUGAAGUAGAUGAUCAGGUGGUGCUGCCAUAACACCACGACUUAAACCAUACUACUGUAACCCGUCAUAGUCUGAUUUACUAAGAGAGGUUUGAUAACAAUUUCUAUGUACUAACACCCAGGCAACAGUUAUCUUGACCACAAGCAAUCCUACUAAGGGAAGCCUGUAAUGGGUAGGGGGUCCUUUGACUUUGUCCUGAGCUCUGUCUGUGGCUCUGAACCUACUUAAAACUUAAACAACUUUAUUUUAAGAUUUAAGUUGGGAGCAAUGAGAGUAUAUUAUAACAUUGUUAGAACAAAUUUGAUUGGAGUAUCUAAAGGCUGUGUGAAGACUACAUCCAGGACAGUGGGGACAUGUAUGUCUAAUUCAUUAUCGUUUUUCCCCCCAGCCCUCACCGUGGUGGUGGUCUUCCUUGGGGUUCUUGAUGCAGCUCCCCUACAGUCACAAUUGGAGUGUGAAGGUUACAUUCAACUCGAUGGCAAUGUCACCUACAUCUUCCCUGAUGACUUUCCAGACCUAAUGGCUGACUGUGAGCCCGAAAUCCUAAUUGCGGGAAAGGUGUCUGUAAUAUUUGAGAAUGGGAAGGUUCCACCAGCAACCGAAUUGUAUCCACCUGCUAUUGCAGUCACAGCUCACAACGUCACCUUAAGCUCCAACCAAAGUUCCAACCCUCAGCCCGUUGAGAUUGCGCUGUACUGCCCCGAGUCUCGCAAGCGCAUACGUUGCUUCUGUGAUGCCUGCCUCAACUCUGCAAAGAAUCACAUCCCCAUGACAGAGCCUCCCUCUGCUGAGCAUAGCUCACCCGGGACGCCAGACAACAUCCCCCAUUAUCGAGUCGGUGCCAUGGCUUCCGGUGUUGUUGUCGUCGUCUUUGUGCUCUGUGGUAUUUUCGCUUGGAUUGCCAUGCGUCGCCGUAAUUCCACGGAGAAAAAGGAGGGAACUUCGGCAUCAAGCUCCACGGAGCAGCUCCACGACCCACAGGGCCCCCCCGAGGCAGCUCCCAUCAUGGGCCACAAUGAGCACAGAGGAACCUGACAAGACACCAUGCAUAGUGGUGAAACACAACGAACAGUUUUUAUCUUGACUUGAACUCUCAGUGGGCGUUGGUCUGGCCAAGUUGCAUUGUAAACUCAUUUCUGAGAGUAUGGGAAUAUCCUGUGUCCAUGAAGUGCCUCUUUAUGCUAGUUAUUUAAGGAAUAUUGGUCAGACUGACUUGAUGGUGGAAUUUUGUCCAGCGG